AUGAGCUUAUACUGUCUGAAAGUGCAUGACCUUCAAAGGCAAUUCGUAAGUUGUGAAAUCCUGAAGGUAGCUAGGGCUGAUAACGUCAAAGCUGAUGCAUCAUCCAGACUCGUCUUUAUGGGUAUGGACGGACUCGAUAGAAUCUUGCACGUCAAGAUAGUCGUAGAACCCAGCAUAGCUCAAAAGCCAAGUGUCAUGGACAUCGACCGUGAGUCAUCCUGGGUGGAUCCAAUAGCUGAUUACAUAAGUAAUGGCAACCUACCUGCAGACCCUCAACUUGCUAGAAGCGUUCAGUAUAGACCUGCUAGAUAUUGCCUAAUUGAAGGAGUCCUGUUCCGCAGAAGUUUUACACUCCCUUAUUUAAGAUGUCUCAAACUGUCCGAGUCUCUGCAAGCCUUAACUGAAGUUCAUGAAGACAUUUGCAAAAAUCACCAAGGAGCCCGAGCUCUUGCCUAUAAGUUAAUAAGGUAUGGGUACUACUGGCCAAGUUUGAAGAAAGAUGCUGCAGAUUAUGUUCGAAAAUACGACAAGUGCCAAAAGUUUGGCAACAUCAUACAUGCUCCUGCAGAGGAGCUAACUUCUAUUCAUUACUUAGCUCCUUUCGAAAAAUGGGGAGUCGACAUUCUUGGGCCGUUCUCCUUGGCCCAAGGACAAAUAAAGUUUGUAACUGUGGCAGUAGAGCAUUUCACAAAGUUUGGAAUACCGAAAGUCCUCAUCACAGACAAUGGAAGGCAAUUUGACAAUCCACAGUUUAAAAACUUCUAUGCCCACCAUGGGAUUGAUCAUCAUUUGACCUCGGUAUCACAUCUACAAAGUAAUGGGCUUGCCGAAGCAUAUAGGACUUCGCACAAGACAGCAACUGGUGAGAUUUCUUUCAUGCUUGCCUUUGGACUUGAGGCUACCAUCCCGAUCGAGGUCAGCCUCCCCACAAUAAGGAAGCUCGAGAUGAAUAGGGAGAGACAAACUACUGAGCACCUUGACUUGAUUGAAGAGGUAAGAGAGCAAGCCUCACUUAGAGCUGCAAGUUAUCAGAACAGAAUGGUGAAAUACUUUAACAAUAAGGUCCAUAUGAGAAGGUUCAGAGCUAACGAUCUUGUCCUUAAAAAAGCAGAAGCUGCCGGACACCAACCAGAAAAGCUCGGACCAACAUGA